GCGGGGGGAGAGCUGGCCGCGGGCGGCGCGGAAGGGGUGAUGCGCAUGCACCGGGUGGUGCUCAGCGCACUACACCGCCGCCUUCGUCUGGAAUACCCACUGCGGCGAAUCGGUCAACUCCCACUUCAACACCACAGCGUCAGCGCGACCAGGAGCGUCAAAACGCUCGCGAGAGGACAAACAUCCUCACAACCCCCGAGCACCGCCGCAUGCCUCCAGCAUCCAUCCUCACGCCCAUCCGCAUCGACGGACGUGAGUACCUACUGGACCGUCCGUCCGCGGAGCGCUUUCGGACAACCGCUCUCGCAGCUCAAGGUCGCGGGCGUGCAGGAGGACGGGAUGGACGGUCCGGUGGACUGAGGCGAGGGAGCACGACCGCGCGACAGGCUUUUCGAACUGGCCAACUCAACACGCCUUCACCAACAUUCCGGCUCCCCUCCCUCCCCUCACCGACAAUCUCCCCUCCCGAGUCCCCCACCGAGCGUCUACGGCGCCGCAGAUCAUCAACGUGGUCAUCGACACCAUCACCUUCACCCUCACCGUCGUCUUCACCGUCGCCCUCACCGUCGCCUUCACUGUCGCCUCCACUAUCACCUCUUCCGUCGCCUUCUCCAGCAUUCCCUGACCCGCUCGAGCUGCGGGAGAACACGCGCGCUCGCGAUGAUCAUUCGGCGCGGUCGCGUUCUCCCUCUGACCAUGGCAGUGUCGUGUCGCGCAAUGAAUCACCUGACCACAACAUGGAUGGUGUCCCGCCACCGCUGCUACGUCGCCUGCCCCUUGCUCGGCGGCCCGUUGCGAACGAGAAUGUGCACCUCUACCUUCCCCUUGACCUCGGGGAGAUGACGGCGAAGUGCACGUUCUGCAACGCUCUGCACUGGCUUGCAGAGCGUCUGAAGAAAUCCCGCAUCAACCUCCCUCAAUUCGGCACCUGCUGCUUGAGCGGAAAAGUGCAGAUUCCGCUUCUCGCUGCCCCUCCCGACGACCUCUACACGCUCUUCUAUGCAGUGUCCGACAGUGGGGCUUCGGAGGUGGACCGGCAGCGCAGUCGGCACUUCCUGCAGAAGGUGCGCAGAUACAAUGCUGCAUUUGCGUUCGCGUCCCUCGGUGUGAGCACAUCCCGCAUCCCGGGCCGUGGAGUGCAGCAGUUCACCAUCCGUGGUGAGCUCUUUCACGAGCUGGGUGCUGUGCUCCCAGGCGAGGAUCCAUCGCGACGGCCGAAGUACGCCCAGCUCUACUUCAUGGCCCCCGAUGAUGCCUGCGAGCAGCGGUACCAGAACAACCUGACGCAUGGGUUGCGCACCGAGAUUCUGCAGAUAAUCCAGGAUGUUCUGCUGCGAUGUAACGGGUACAUUGACAUAUACAAGCUUGCUGUUGAGCGCUUGCGUGACUCUGGCCAAGCUCCGUCCCACUUCGCACGUCUCGACUUCCGACCAGGAUCUGACCAGCGCCGCUACAACUUGCCAACUGCAGCCGAGCUGGCAGUGGUCCUAGAGGACAGCAAGGAUCACAAUGCACGCCGAGACAUUAUGAUUGAGCUGCGCCGUGGUGGGCGCAAACAUCGCAUCUACGACACCCACCCUGCCUACCAGCCCCUUCUCUACGUGCUCCUGUUCCCUCGCGGAGAGCAUGGCUACCACGAAAACAUCCCCUUGACAAACCCUACAACUGGAGAGGCUAUCCCACUCAGGGCCAGGGUAGAGGAGGACGAGGACGAGGAAGGAGCAGAUGAAGGUGAUGAGGAGGGGGCAGGCCACGAUAGCGGAAACAAGCGGGGGAAACAGACCCGUGUUACCCCCAUGGAGUUCUUCGCAUUCCGCCUUCACCGUCGCCUCGAUGAGUCGGACCACAUCUUUCGUGCGAAGAUGCUGUUCCAGCAGUACAUUGUGGACGGGUGGGCACAGACCGAGCAGACACGGCUUCGAUGGGCACGGGGCCAUCAGCCGCAAUUGCGGGCUGACGUCUACCGGGGGUUGGCAGAUGCCGUAUCGAGCAAUGCCGACGUCAAUCCCCAGUCGGUCGGCCAGCGCUGUGUCCUUCCGUCGUCCUUCGUUGGCAGCUGGCGCAACAUGUUCCAACUCUAUCAGGACUCCAUGGCUGUUGCACGAUUCUUUGGUCGUCCUGAUUACUUCUUGACGAUCACCUGCAAUCCUCAGUGGCCUGAGAUCCAGAAGGAGGUUGAGAAGAUGGGGCCUGGAUUUGAUGUUACGGACCGGCCUGAUUUGGUCUCUCGAGUCUUUCGUGAAAAG